UGCGCUCCAUUCAAGCUUGUCUUCCGGUGGGGCUCCUCAGGACAGGUAGGACUUCCGGUGAUGUCAGAGGGAGAGACUGAGAGCCUGAGGGCACAGAGAAAUCGGUGAGAGGGAGGAGGAGGUGAAGUGAGAGCUGAAGACAGAGAGAAGACGGCAGCCCGGUACUGAGCAGAAGGCUAUGCUCAUCUAACAUCACUAGCAACACUUGAAAACCUGAAGGCUGCCAUUUGGGCAUCACAAAUUUAGAAUAUUCUUGGUCGGUCUUCUCUUAUUGCUGCCGUUGAUUGUUCUUUUAACAUCAUAAAGGAAAACUAUAGUGUAUUUUCAGAGUAGACCUCCGCAGUGCCUUUCCCCCCUCGCGCCCCUGUGAUGGAUGACAGGAGCGCUGAGGAGGGGGAUUCUCCCACAAUGCCUCCAGCGCCCCCAACUCCACCUUCUAAAAGGAAGAGCAAAUUUUCUGGAAUAGGAAAUUUCUUUAAGCCAUGGAAGUGGAGGAAGAGAAAGACCAGUGAUACUUUUCGUGAGACUUCAGAAGUUUUGGAAAGGAAGAUCUCUAUGAGAAAACCCAAAGAAGAACUUAUAAAAAGAGGAGUCCUUAUUGAAGUACCAGAAGAAGAUACCCCUGUAACCGCAGAAUCGCCUCCUCUGAGAAAUGGCCACACAAGCCAGGGGACAGCCGAGCAACAAGAAAAAGACAAGAGUCUAAAGCGGAGCAGUCGGCAAGAUUCCGUGGGAUCCCGUCCAAAUUCGCAGAUGGAACCUGCACAAGAAAACAUGCGAGAGCCCCCCAAACAACCUCUACUUCCACCUAAAAGACCACUGUCCACCUCUGUCUCUACUGGUCACGAGAGGCAGAAAGUAGAGCAGAGCCCCGCCACUGUAACACGACUGCCAAGCUCUGGCCCCAGCCUUGCCCCCAGCCCUGCACCUAGGACAUUGCACAUACCACCAGGACCUAAACAACCUCCAGUACCACCUCCUAAGCCACAGAACAGAAGCAGCAACCCAUUAAUGGCAGAGCUGUGCCAGGCUUUGGCAGGAAAUACACUAACACCAGCUGGCUCCCGUCCCUCUCCUCCACUGCCUGCAAAACGAGGACCUCCCCCUGCUGCAGAUGUCAUCAGCAACAGAGAAAGGACCACUUCCAUCUUCAUCCCACCACCACCACCUGCAAAUGAACCUCCUGUACCUUCACUACCAUCACCAACACUUCCCCCACAAGUGCCUGCUUUGCCUCCAUCACCACCUGAAGAUCCAUUGCCAGUGGUAGUUCCUCCUAGCAAAGAGGGGGAAAAAGAGGAAACACCACUUAAUGUGCAAUUGCUUCCUCUUCAUAUACGCAUUCAACAGGCUCUCAACAGUCCUCAGCCUUUGUCUGUCAUAGAUAAUAACCAGAGGGCACACUCUCUUCUGUUUCUCCCAAAUGAGCUGGGGACAAGUGAAGAGAAAACAAGAGUGAGAUCUCUACCUAUCACUAUAGAGCUUCUCAAAGUGCCUGACGAUGACGAUGAUGAGGAAGAGAUAAGCUUUGAUGAAGAUUUGUCUCCAGAAGUCUCAAAUUUCCAUGCUUCAAGGGUAUAUAUUGGGGAUGUUACUGUAAUACCAAGCUACAUACCUCAAUCAGUCCAGGAAGAGGAGGAGGAAGAAGACGAAGAAUCCGGCAUUAGUGAUAGUGAUUCAGAAGGCCCUAUACUGUACAAAGAGGAGGAGGAGGAAGAUGAGGAGGAGGAGGAAGAUGAACAAACAAGCUCCCUGGCCAAUAAGGUGAAAAGAAAAGACACCCUGGCAAUGAAGCUUGGUGGAAAGGGCAGUUCGCAGGACUCGAGUGCUGAGUUACCUCACCGGAGUAAGGAAGAGUGGAAUCAAAUCCGGCAACAGAUUGGCUCACAGCUGAACCGAAGACUGAGUCAGAGACCCAGUGCAGAAGAGCUGGCACAGAGGAACAUUUUGCUACAAACAAAUGAAGCAGACCGGUUGGCAGAGAAACGUGAAAUAAAGAGGCGGCUGACACGCAAGCUAAGUCAAAGACCUACAGUGGCCGAGUUGCUGGAAAGAAAAAUCCUUAGGUUUAAUGAAUACGUAGAGGCAACAGAUGCUCAUGAUUAUGACAGGAGAGCUGAUAAACCCUGGACCAAGCUCACCCCUUCUGACAAGGCAGCAAUUCGUAAAGAACUGAAUGACUUCAAGAGCUCAGAGAUGGCUGUUCAUGAAGAGAGCAAACACAACACACGAUUCCAUCGACCCUAAUCGCUUUGCCUCAAGACUAGGGAACUUUUAGGGCCAGAAGCACUUACCUGCAUAUCCACGAGUUGUGCCAAUCACAAGUCUGCCCUUCCGCUGAUGUAACUCAUUCCUGCACCUGCAGUGGUUUUGAAGAUAUCAGAAAACGGUUCCACGUGUUUUGUAUUUUUUAUCACAACUUUUUAUUUUCCCCAUAGGAUGGGCUCUAGAAAUGUAGUUAGAACACUGUACACCCCAAUCGGUGCUAAACUGCUAACCUUUUUCAGCAUUCAACAUUUCCUCGAAGGCCUUUUUUCUCCUGCAUCCUAUUAAACUCACAGUGCCUUAAUGCAGUUCAUGAUUCUAGGGCUGGCCCUAUCAUAUUUUUUUUUUUUUUUAUAUGGUUUCUUUGGCUGUAUUUUUUGAAUCAAGUGGAUCCCUACUAUGCUCUUUCUAACCAUGAAAGGUCUUGGCUACCUGUAUAUAUGCAGGUCUUCCAUAGUUUCAAUGUAUCUCUCAGGGAUUGGCAGUAUGUAGUUAUGUUUUUGAUUUCAGUUGUUUUAUUCAUUUUUGUUGAGUGACUAUUCAAAAUAUGGCUGCUGAUCAUGGCAUCUACUCACUGAUAAUGAAGUGUUAGCCCACCCAACCUAAAUAUUCUAGUUUUUGUAGAUACAGUUUAUUUCUCCUUGUCUUUAGUGACAAGGUCUUUACUUGAGUUCCCAGGCUAGGACACCUUUCAUGACAUUUAAAGGGGGUUCCACCAUCCCUGUUGGAUAGGAGUGGGAUUACCUAAAAGCAGGGCCAGACACACCCAAGAAUUUGUAGGGUGGAAGCAGUGCCAUGAACUAUGGGGGGGGGGGGGGGGAGUCUUUCUACUGGACUUCUCAAGAGAUCUAAGAAGCCAGCAGGUGAAUAAUCCUACUAGACUCCGCCUAUGGUUAAAAUAACACAUUGGGGAAUAUUUUUAAGGGGUUCUCGCUUUACACACUGACCCAGUAUUUCCACAAUCUGUAAAGUUUGUAUUGUCGAAAAAUUGGGUUUUAUUUUUAGUUUCAAUGUGGUCCCUUGAUCCAGGCCACUCUCUCCGUAGUAGCUGAAGAGGUGAUCCUCUCCCUGUCAGGCUUGGGAUGUGGUCAAUCUCCAUGCUGAUUUAUUAAAGCCUGUAUGAGUGGUAGUAUAUCUGAAUGGACUACAAAAGUCCAUAAAAACUGUUGUCAUGAAUGUCAUUGCCUGUAAACAGUUUUUAGGGUGAGGAAAGAAAAUUGUGUAGUACAAUCUGAAUCAACAGUCUAUAUGUUUUGAAGAAAAAAAAAAUCUUAACAAAAAAUAUAACCACUUUUGUCUUACUACUUGCACAUUUUUAACAUCCUGCCUGAUGCAUACUGCUAGAGAUCAGGUAUUAAGAGUAUUGAAUAAGAAGCAUAACCAUUCUGAGGACUCUUAUGCAAAGGUUAAUGCAGAUAAAACACUAUGCCUUACUGUAAACUGUUAACGUGAUUUAGUUAAUAUUUUCUGGGAGAUACUAUAUGUAUAUAUAUGUACCAUAAGUCUCUGACAUUGCAAGCGAGACCCCAUGACUGGAAUGUUUUUACUGAAUGUGUGUAUGUAUAUAUGUGUACUUGGACUGGAUCAGCAUCUGUAUAUCAGGUUGUCUUGAUCUGAUUUUUAACAGUGAGAAUUAAAAAUAUUUUAGGCAAAA